GUUGCGACGUACUGGACUGCUGUUGGCUGAAGAACUUCGGUCACAUCGGUAUCUUUCAGUUUCGCUCUAAAAUAGGGCGACUGCCCGGCUUCCUGCUGCGUGGAUUUAAACAGUUUGGUUUUUAUUCUGUUGUUCUCAGGGGGUUUACUAAAUAGAAAAUAAAUAGCACUUCCCAGGGACAGCGUCAGAACAACACAAUGGCUCUUAAAAGAAUUCACAAGGAGCUGAAUGACCUGGCUCGGGACCCACCAGCACAGUGUUCUGCGGGGCCAGUAGGAGAUGACAUGUUCCAUUGGCAGGCGACAAUUAUGGGACCGAAUGACAGUCCAUACCAAGGUGGCGUAUUCUUCUUGACCAUCCACUUCCCCACUGAUUACCCCUUUAAACCACCAAAGGUUGCAUUUACCACAAGAAUCUACCACCCAAACAUCAACAGCAAUGGCAGCAUUUGUUUGGAUAUUUUAAGGUCGCAGUGGUCACCAGCACUUACCAUCUCCAAAGUCCUCCUGUCCAUUUGCUCGCUGCUAUGUGACCCAAACCCAGAUGACCCCCUAGUGCCUGAGAUUGCCUGCAUCUACAAGACAGACAGGGAAAAGUACAACAGGAUAGCUCGGGAAUGGACACAAAAGUAUGCCAUGUAGCUUUGGAGCAGGAGAUUUUCGAGGACCAGCCUCUGUACACGAGGACUAGAGGCACAUUGACCACGAAGAGGAAGAAGUGUUGUGGGUUUCCAUUGGAGUGUUUUCUUUGAGCCACACCUUCCCUUCCCCUUCCCACAUUCCCAUCUUUUACACGCCCACCUCCCUGCCCAAACCAUGUUGUACAUAUUUCCAAUUGCGAAUUGUAUUACCUCCUCUCUACACUUACAUGCUCCCAUCCCCCUGUUUCUCUUCUCCUCCUUCGCUGUCUCUCUGUCUGUCUCUCUCUGUCUGUCUGUCAGUCAGUCAUUGUGUCCGCCAAUGAUUGGAUCACGAGACGACAAAGAACAGAAAACACUUUUUCUAUUAUUAUUGGUGGGGUGUAUACUUGCAUCUUAUAAUGAGCUGGGUUAACAUGGUCGCACCCUACACCAGUAAUUACUGUUAGUUCCUUAUGAGUUAGAGUACUUAUCACCCCUGUUUUGCCAUGUGAACAGAGUUUUUAUUUGGACCAUGAAUUGGCGCACGUUAAUUUGAAGCUGAUAAUAAGGUUUCGACAUAUUUUAUUUCCCUCAAAGCUUGUCGAGCUUUUGUCCAGUGGCUUUUCUCUUUUUUUUUUUUUUCCUUUCACUCCCACUUUUUUUCUUUCUGUUUUACUAUUGAUCUGGAUAUGCAAGGAUACGUAUUCCUGACACACACACAUCUGUAUAUUUAAUUACCUGAGAGCUCGUCAAGCUUGUGUGUUGAUUAAACUGUGUAAUAAAAAAAAUGAUUACUUAAAA